AUGUCUUCUGUACUCAGCCACGUCCAGAAUGUCUGGCAAACUCAACGGGCCAACAGCCCCAUCUACGCCCUCCUCCUAGCCAACGUCACCAUCGAAGAUGCUUCCGAGGGCACCAUCCACGCCCGUCUCCAAGUGGACAAAAGCCACACCAACUCCAAGGGCGGUUUGCACGGGGCCUUGACUGCGUGUAUCGUGGAUUGGGUUGCAGGUUCAUUGCUAGCUAUGGGUCGACAUACACGGGGUGCAGCGGAAGGGGAAAUCCUGGAGAUUAGUGGACGGUCCUUGAAAAUGGGUGGCACGCUUGCGUUCCUGUCAGUUGAGAUUAGCAAGAUGAAGGAUGGAAAAAGCGUCGUUGUUGCUACUGGGUUGCAUACAAAGUAUGUCCGACAAAAUUCCACAUAG